AUGGCGAGAAUGCCAUCGCGGGGCUUCACUGUUGCUCAUCAGAAGGUGGCGUUGGAUCUAGACCUGGAGAGGCACAUCGCGUCUGGCUACACGGAGCUGACUGUCGCACCUACGGACAAGGCGUUGCGCGUCAUUCACCUCAACUUCAAAGGUCCAGGUGAGUGGCGGGCGAGCAUGUCUGUUGCAGUGGCCUGAUCUUGUCGCUCACACACCUCUUGAUGCUCUGCAUCGGGCAGGCAUACAACGCGUCUUGAUCAACGCUAUCGCUGCAGAUUACUCCUUUGUCGAUCACACGUCUGACCUCACACUCUCGGAUCCCAGCAAUGUGCACCUGUACCCGGAGCUCAAGCGCAGGCUGUAUGCAGCCGCAUCGGAUGGCGCAGGUGGAGAGCUGUCCAUUCUCAUCCCGCCCACCAUCAACCUCGACUCAUCCUCUGCCAGCACGCCCAUCGACGCUUCCACGCCCGGAGGUCAGACUUUGGAUCUGCCGACGCUCCUGGUCAGGGUGGAGUACGCCCUGGUGCAUCCCACCGAAGGUCUCACGUUCAUCUCGCCCACGCCCGAAUCACCUCACCGUUCACCUCACCUCUAUUUGGCUCCUACUUGUCCCGACUUUGCGAGGUGUUGGGUACCUUGCGUCGACAGCUUGUGGGAGCGAUGCACGUGGGACAUUGUACUUGUCGUUCCAUCCACACUGCGGCACGCCGCCGCCGCAGGUCAGGAUGAGGAUGUAGCGAUCAUCGCCCUCGCCUCCGGAGAUCUCGUCGAAGAGGUGAGUUUUGCGGUGCCGCCCGCCGCAACCGCGCAAGACUGGCGCGGCUGACUCCAGCAAGGACACUUGCUGCAACCAAUCUGCGAUCAGGUUGCGCAUCCGCACAAGGCGUCCAAGUCGGUAUUUUACUUUUCGCAAGCCGUGCCGACCUCUGUGCACCACAUUAGCAUCGCAGCAGGUCCUUUUGUCCUUUACGACGUCUCUUCCGCCUCUCACGGCGCACCGCACCGCACUCUGCAAGAUAGCGCCUCGAAGAGCCAAGUGCCGAUCCAUGCGUACGCGCUGGUGGGCAGAGAUGGUGAUCUCGCUCCGACUACGAGCACUGUUCUCGCAGCGAUGGAUUUCUACAGUCGCGACUACGGAUCCUAUCCGUUCGCGUCCUUCAGCAUGGUCUUUGUGGACGAAGCGCCCUCUAAUUGUCACACCACCGCUACCCUUCUGGUGCUCUCCUCCGACCUCCUUCAUCCAGCAAACGUGAUUGAGCAGGCGCUGGAAACACGCAUGGUGUUGCACCAAGCAUUGGCCUUCCAAUGGGUCGGCGUCAACAUCAUCCAGAGGACGUGGUCGGAUACAUGGCUAGUGCAGGCUCUCAGCUUGUACCUCUCCGGCCUCUUCUUGCGCAGACUGAUGGGUCAGAACGAGUAUCGCUUCAGAUUGAGAAAGGAUGUGGACAAGGUCUGCGCGGCGGACAUUGGCAUGGCGCCUCUCUGCGUUCAGGGGUGCAUGGAGCCGCCAGACGAGAGCUAUUUGACCUUUAUGAACCUCAAAGCCCCGCUCGUGCUGCACAUUUUGGAUCGUCGACUGCGAAAAGCUGGUGCUUCCUUGGGUCUCGGUCGAGUGAUCCCUCGCGUGCUUCUGCAAGCCAUCACGGGCGAAUUGGUGGGCAACACGCUCAGCACUUCAAGCUUUCUGCGCACGUGCCGCAAAGUCAGUAGCGUGGAUCUGAGAGCCUUUGCAAAGCAGUGGAUCUACUCGAGCGGAUGCCCUACUUUUUAUUGCAGCGCCGAAUUCAAUCGCAAAAAGCUCAUCAUCGAGUUCAACAUCAGGCAAGAGUCUCCCGCGGCGAUCUUUGCCGCUCAGCAACCUCAUGAGGCCACAUCUUCAAAUCCCUCGCAAGUCUUUGAAGGUCAAAUGACGGCCCGCAUACACGAGGCGGAUGGGACGCCUUAUGAGCACGUCUUUGACAUCAACGCUGCAUCGAAGCGCAUCGAAGUGCCUUUCAACACCAAGUACAAGCGAGUACGCAGGAAUACGAAGCGUUUUCAGGCUCGACAGGCUGCUGCUGCUGCUGCGGCACAGGGCGAUCAAGAUGCGGCAGAAGCAAUGACCCUCAUAGACCUCGGCUUUUCCUGCUCAUUGUGGGAAGAUGAGGCGGAACGAGAGAAAUGGAGAGUGGCGGAUUGGACGGAAGAGGAUGAAAAGAUCAUGGCCUCGGCUCCGCACGAGUGGAUACGCAUGGAUGCUGAUUUCGAAUGGAUUGCCAACAUUCACUUUGAUCAGCCCGACUUCAUGUGGGUCUCUCAAUUGGAGCGAGAUCGCGACGUGGUCGCGCAGAUGAGCGCCAUCAAUGCUUUGGCUCAGCUGCCCAACCCCGUGUCCUGCUCCACCCUUACCCGCACGGUGCUGGUGGAAAAGUACUUUUUCAGAGUCAGAAUGGAAGCUGCGCACGCUCUGAUCAAUAGUGCGGUGGAGGAGCAAGACUACUUGGGCUUGUUUCACCUCCUGAUGCUUUUCCGCCGAGCUUUCUGUCACGACAUACCUGCGGACUCGAGGGCUGUGCACGGCCUGCGGGCAGAUCGCGUGGACCUCGACGAGCCCUGCAUUCCAAAAGCCAACGAUUUUGGCAACAUUGCAGAGUAUUUUGUGGGAAAAGCCAUCAUUCAAGCCAUCAGUCGCGUGAGGAACGUUAGAGGCAGGACUCUGCCGCAGGUAAAGAGGUUCCUCAUCAACCUCUUGAGAUACAAUGACAACUCGACGAACCGGUACGCCGACGAGUUUUACAUUGCUGGCAUCAUCGAAGCGCUCUCGGCCGCCUUUGUACCUGCCACCUCUCGACUUUAUGGCGGCUUUGUGCCGGCGAAUGAGGAUCCGGACGCGCGGUACGACGAAGAACUGCUGCUCGAGGCUCGUUACGAGGUGGAGAGGUUUCGCGAGCUUGACAAGCUCGUGCCGUCCUUUCACAACACCAUCACCCUCGCAGCCAUCGACUUUAAUCUUGUCCUCACGCUAGCCAAUCUGCAACCGGUGGAUUUGCCCUUAUUCUUGGCAUACACCAGACAAGGCAGCUUCGCGCCGGUGAGGACGGCGGCUUUCGAAGCGAUGCUGCUGAUGCGAGGUUUGCAGCACAAGGUCAUUACGAGAUACAUCUUUGCUGUGCUUCAGACUGACGAGAGCAGGUCGGUCAAGAGGGCGCUCAGCAACGCAAUGUGCGAAGCUCUAGCAGUGUCCAUCGCAACGGGAGACUUUACAGCAGCUUCGAUCUUGGACGAAGGUCAGGCGGAGCCUACGGAACUUCUUGCGCUGACAAGGGACGAGGCGGUGGUAGAGUCCCUGUUGCGGCCAUUGCGAAAGGAUAUCGGGAGAUCUGCAAGCGUACGAGAAGGAUUCCUGAGCGCUCUGCUCAGCCCUGCUGUCGACUUGCAGACUAGGUGGGCACUCUUGAGAUUGGCAGAGAUGCUCUUUAAGCCGGCGGAAGAGCAUGAUGUGCCGUUUCAGCCCAAAUUGUCCUUGCGCGUGCGCGUACCUAGUUUGGCAACUCCAGCAGAGAACAGUGCUGCUGCGCCUCUCCCCACUCCACGCAUUCGAAUCAAGACGACCUCUUCGGAUGUUCUAACGUCCAUUGCCGAAUCGUCGGAGGUGGAAGAUGCGUCUAGCAGCAGCAGCGCAACAAAUAUGGCGCAGCAGCAGCAGCAGCAGCCCAAAGUCUCGUUUUCUGCUUUGUCGGCUGCUGCUGCUGCUCCGACGAGCUCGGACAGCGCUGCAGGGACGACGGCUCCUCUGGCAGUCAAGAUCAAGAGGUCCUCUAAGCCAAAGAAGGCCAAGCCUGUGGAUGUGGCGCAGAGCUCGGGCAUGUCCCCAUCGGACUUGACAGUGUGCAGAAGCAUGAUCAAGGAUCUCUUUGACGAUCGUCGUAUGGGAAAGCACUCUGCCGCUUUCAGACUGCCUGUAGAUCCUGUUCGAGAUGGCGCGGUGAGUGGAUGGCAAAGGUGGAGCUUCUGAUCAGCGUAGGCUUACGCUCACGGCCACCCUCCUGUCCUGUUCUCGCUAGCCAAACUACUUUGAUGUGAUCGACGAUCCGAUGGAUCUCUCUUCCAUGCGCGACAAGCUCAAUGCUGGACUCUACCAGAACCGAUUCGACUUUAAAGCGGACUUUGACCUGAUGAUUCGCAACGCCAAGACGUUUACGCCUUCGGAGACGGCCAAAGUGCACCGAGAUGCCAAGGCUUUGGAACAGGCGUUUGGAAAAAGAUGGAGCGCUAUCAACAAGACCAUUGCACAGACUGAAGCGAAGGCUAGAGGAGAAAAGUUUGUGCCGACGGAAGCGCAGGCGAGCAGUGCGACUGAGCCGCAGGCGGAAACGAUGACGAUUGCGGCUGAGCCAUCUACGUCGACGACAGUACCGGAGCGAGAAGACUCUCCUGAUGAGCCCCUCGCUGCUGCGGGCUCAGGUCUGGCGCGCACAUUGGCGCUGACCGCCUCAUCUGUGCCGGCGACAGACACACCCUCGACGAGCGCGCCAAAGCUGGGAUUGAAGCUCAAGUUGAAGCCAAAGAUUUCUAAAAUGGCCAGCGAGGACGCUGGAGCCGGUGUGUCAUCUGCGCCUGUGGGCGUUGAGCGCGAUGCUUCAGCGACGUUGCUCGCAGCUAAGGGUGCAGAGGCGAGAGGUACGACGAGUCCGGCGCGUUUCCUCUCGCCUGCGCCUUCCACGUCCAGCACGACGCAUGGCACGCCGACGCAGAGCAAGAAAUUCUCCGCUUUGGACCCGGUCGCUGCUGGGAGUGGCGAGCCGGUGCAUUUCAAGCAGUCAAAGGCUAUGCUUGGUGCGCUUAAAAAACGACCAGAGGCGCACUGGUUCAAGGAUCCUGUGGACGCAAAUGCUCUACCUACGUGAGUUGCGACGCGAGCGUUUUGGCUGGGGGGGAAUGCAACAUGGGCUGAUCUGUGCAUGCCUUGGUCGUCGUCGCGCAGAUAUUACCAAGAGGUCAAGGCUCCCAUGGAUCUGGGCACGGUGGAGCGCAAGCUGCUGCAUCACGAGUACAAGGAUAUGGGCCAGCUGGCUGCUGAUGUGCUGCUGAUCGUAUCCAACGCGCACCAAUUCAAUGGCGCUUUGUCCGUCGUUGGGCAAGACGCGAGCAAGCUGGAGAAGACGUUUCGCAAAGAAUUUGCAGAGGCGAUGGUGCGACGAUUGGAGGAAGGCGAUAAGCGCAUCCUAGCUGGCGUCUUGAGCCGUCUGCGAGCCGAGCCAGUCGCAUUUUUGUUCCUCGAACCCGUCGACACUACCGUCUACUGGCACUACUUUGACAUUGUGAAGAAGGAAGAAGCUCGCGAUCUGAGUCUGAUCGGCAAGAAGCUCAAAGAGGGAAGGUACGAUUCGGUAGAUGCGUUUGAAAGGGAUUUGCAAAUGAUGCUGGACAAUUGUCACAAGUUCAAUGCGGAUAAUGAAGAGGUGCUGGAAUUUGCUAGGACGUUUGAAAAGGUCUUGCAGAGGGAAAUGCUUGGCGCUAGGAACGCCAUCUCUGGAGGCGCUGCUUCGGCCACGAAGAGGAAGAGCGCAGGUUCGGCGGCAAGUGCUGCUGGAAACAAGAGAGCUCGACCUUGA